GACUACAAAUCCCAGCAGGCUCCCGGAACUCUGAGCCUGCGCACCGCACCGCGCAACGCAUGCUGGGGGUCGACUGCUGAGGCCAAGAUGUCGCUGAGCAAGAAAAGAAAGCUUGAGUCGGGGGGCGGCGGCGCAGGAGGGGAGGGAACUGAGGAGGAGAAUGGCGAGGAGCAGGAGGCAGCCCUGCCACGACCCCGGAGGACCAAGCGCGAGCGAGACCAGCUGUACUACGAGUGCUACUCCGACGUAUCGAUCCACGAGGAGAUGAUCGCUGACCGCGUCCGCACCGACGCCUAUCGCUUAGGCAUCCUGAGAAACUGGGCCGCGCUGCGAGGCAAGACCGUGCUGGACGUGGGCGCCGGCACCGGCAUUCUUAGCAUCUUCUGCGCCCAGGCCGGGGCCCGGCGCGUGUACGCCGUGGAGGCCAGCGCCAUCUGGCAACAGGCCCAGGAGGUGGUGCGGCUCAACGGGUUAGAGGACCGCGUGCACGUCCUGCCGGGCCCGGUGGAGACAGUGGAGCUGCCGGAGCAAGUGGACGCCAUCGUAAGCGAGUGGAUGGGUUACGGACUACUGCACGAGUCCAUGCUGAGCUCUGUGCUCCACGCGCGGACCAAAUGGCUGAAGGAGGGCGGUCUCCUCCUGCCAGCUUCCGCGGAGCUCUUCGUGGCCCCGAUCAGCGACCAGAUGCUAGAAUGGCGUCUGGGUUUCUGGAGCCAGGUGAAGCAGCACUAUGGCGUGGAUAUGAGCUGCAUGGAAAGCUUCGCCACGCGCUGCCUCAUGGGCCAUUCGGAGAUCGUGGUGCAGGAUCUGUCCGGAGAGGAUGUGCUGGCCCGGCCGCAGCGCUUUGCCCAGCUCGAGCUGGCCCGCGCCGGCCUGGAGCAGGAGCUGGAGGCUGGUGUGGGCGGGCGCUUCCGCUUCAGCUGCUACGGUUCCGCGCCUCUUCACGGUUUUGCUAUCUGGUUUCAAGUGACCUUUCCUGGAGGGGACUCGGAGAAACCUCUGGUGCUGUCCACCUCGCCUUUUAACCCGGCCACACACUGGAAGCAGUCGCUCCUCUACUUGAAUGAGCCGGUGCCAGUGGAACAAGAUACGGACAUUUCAGGAGAGAUCACCCUGCUGCCCUCCCGGGACAACCCCCGGCGUCUGCGCAUACUUCUGCGCUACAAAGUGGGGGACCACGAGGAAAAGACCAAAGACUUUGCCAUGGAGGACUGAGCGUUUCCUUUUCUCCCCUCUACCUUCUUCGGAAGGUCAGAAGAGAAAGGGAGAUCUCCUCUGCAAGUAGAGGACAUAGCUGUCUUACCUCACCCACCGUUUCAGGCAAAGGGAGUGACCAGUCUUCAUUUGAGGACAUUCUUCUGGCAGUGUUUAUUUUAAAAGCACUGAGAGUAUCAGCUUGGCUAUCUCUGAAGAGCAAUGUACCCCACAGGGUACCAGAUGAUCCAAAGGAGCACCACAGUCUUUGGGAUGAAGACACAUGGGAUGGAUGAAAGCUUCAGGUGUGCGGACACACCCAGGCACUGUCUGGUGUGUUCUAUGGAUUGGGACUGGUAACUUGAAGCCUAAGGCUGCAGGCCUGGAUUAUUAGACCCCAGAAAGAGCAUCAGAGUGAAGUCCCUCACACCUUACAUUUAUUUAACCCUCCAAAAAAUUUCCAAUUUUUCACAAAUUUAUUAAACCAAUGAGCAUAGUUGCUAAAAAUACAUUCUAAUAGUCACUGUGAUAGGGAUUUCGGGUUACAAGCACAUGCGAACUCUGCCCAUAAGUAGAUGUCUACCACUAAAGAAAGUAAGGGCCAUAUGGUAGGUUAGUUAGGACCUGGGUGGUUUUAGUGCCAGAAAAGAUGGAUUUUUUUUUCUUUUUUUAUACACACCAAGUAAAAAGGUGUCUAUAGAUGCUGGCUGAUAGACAUGCCUAAAGUUACAUACAUAAUUCUUGUUUGUGAAAUGGGAUCAUACACUGUGCAAGGGUGGCUUGGAACCCAAUGUGGAGCUGAGGAUGACUUUGGACUCCUGAAGCUCUUGUCUCCAUCUUCCAAAUGCUAGAGGUAAUAGCUCUGUACCACUGUGCCCAGCAUAGACCAGUUUUUGGCAGAACGUUAACAUAACUCUUGAUUUUCUAAAUGUAAACUCUUGUUAUACGAAUCCUGCAUUCUUCAGUUAAAAACUGGAAACUACAUACCACCUUAACGGCAACAAGGGUUUUAUUAUUUGAUGAUGAAGAGAGAGCGGUACAUACUAGAAAGUCUCUUAGAGCUGCCCAGAAGAACCAUCGACAGAGUAUAACUUCUUGAGUUUGACAUAGUAGACACUCAUUUGUACAGCCCCUAUGUUUAUUUCCUUAACACUAAUCAAAUGUGACACUUUCUGGGGUCUCCAGAAAACUGAAUCCAUGACAGUAGCAAAGACAGGUGAACUCCUUGUCAUUUGGUCAUUUGGGCAGAGAGACAUGGAUGUAAAAGAUAAGAAAAUGGAGUUCCAGGUGACUGAAAGGCACCUGCUGCAAACAGCUGCCUAACAUCCUGUUCACUGCCCACCUUGCUGUUAGCCCCACAGUUUACCUAGUGCUAAGGAAAGAGGGCUCCUAAGGAGCAUUUACUAACAGGCCCCACCCCUCCACAUUCGCAUCUCUGUAUAUGUAUCUCCAUUAAUUUCAUUAUCAACAGCUACAUAUAUCUAAGCACUAUAAUGAAUGAGCACAUCUGCCCCUCAGAGAACUAGGAUACAGUGGGAACAAUAAAACAGCAUCAGUGAUUUUCAUGCAUCCAUAAGCCUGGAAAUCCUUCCCAGCGGCUUAGCUCCGCUGAGCAAGGAUGGAAAGGCAGCUGUCAUCCUGUAAGCCUCUCUGAGGAUCAAAAGUCAUGUUCCUAUCAGGAAAUUGUGAACACCUGAGAAACUUUCCCAUCUGAUGUUGUAAAAUUAGACAAAAUAUUGGUGUGUUCCAUAGUAGACAGUAUAUUAAAUAGCUGAUGCUCAGCUAAUAAAAUAAAAUAAGCCAAAUGUAUAUUCAGCUGUGUGUGUAUGUAUAUUUGCGUCUUCCCCAGCUUUCUAUGUGAUUUCCAUGCUUCAUUUUGUUUAUUAUUUAUCCUUUCACUUGUAAUAAAUAUUACAUGUAUUUUUCAAA